GGUCGCCUUUAACCCACUGCACGUCGCGACUUUGACGCCACCGUAUGCCCUUGGAAGAUUCUACUGAUCUGCAGCAGCCCCGCCUGCAAGCAGUAGGAUAUGUCAAGCAAUGCGACACGAGUGCACGAUUUGGAGGGUCGAACAGAGUUAUGUCUUCUCAUAGCGUCCACUCGGUACCGGAUCACCGAUUCGUACACGUACGACUAGCCCUGUGCGGAACCGAUAGUCCUCCUUCCCGCGCUGUCUCCCUUUGCGCUGCCUGGGAGUUGCCCCUUCGCGGACCUCAAUGCUAUUUUCAGAGACAUACGCAAUAUGCUCUUGCGCAGUGUGUAAUACUCUCCUGCAUCGGCCUGACGCGAAGCUACCUCGCUACAGAUGUCGUAACCCAAGCCUCUAACAGAGGAGCGAGCGCACCCUCGCUGCUACCAGCUGAGCCGUCGGGGACAAUCAGGUUGAAGGGGAGGUGCUGAAGACGGCAGCCCCUGUGACCAUUCAUUACGUGGUGAGCAAUCUGCAACGUGUCCUCUUCUUGUCGCGGGAGCCCGUGGGCCCGUGAGGAUGGAUUCCACGGACCGUGGUAGCUGCUGACCCAUAUCUCUCAGCCGAAGGUUACCCGCCAUAACGGAGCUGCUUAAUUCUGUCUCACCACUCUCUUGUAGUCGUGGCGUAUAUCCAAAAUAUUACUCGGCGAUGGCAGUUAUAAUCGCACCCAAAGCAAUGCACCGGCCAUUCUCCAGUGUUACGUCGCACUCGCUCGUCGUGGUCUAGAUCUAUGGCACAGGUAACAUCAUAUCAUGUACAUACGCCUGUGGCAGCAUUCAAAUUUACUUGUUG